AUAUAUGUAAAAACAGGUUUGCAAGUAUUUUCUAGACGCGGUGGAGAAGAAACAGUAUGGGUGGUUUUGGGCUUGCCCCAACGGUGGCAAAGAGUGUCAUUACAGACACGCUCUUCCUCCUGGUUAUAUCCUUAAAUCUCAAAUGAAGGCCCUUUUGGAAGAGGAGUCACAGAAGAUGCCAGUUGAAGAAGAAAUCGAAAACGAGGUUUUAAUACUCUUCUUCUUCCAGAUUUUCCCAAAUCUGUCAUAAGCUGCUAGGUAGGUCCAUAAACUUGAUUCUUGUUCUAUUGUUUCAGCAUGCGAAACUGAAAACGGCGACGCAAAUGACACCUGCGCUAUUUAUGGAGUGGAAGAAGAAGAAGAUAGCUGAGAGUAGGGAGAGUAUGCAUGCUGCCUUGUGAUCCCUGUAGCUCUUAGAGACUUUCGAUCAUACAGUUGGUGUGCAUUACCUAUCUCCAUAUCUGACCGACUCUUAGAAAACUCAGUCGGGUAAUGGAUUUGUUGUGACAAGGUGUUGGUCCAUAGGUAAACUUGGAAGUUGGACCUUAAUAAACUGUAUGUAGUAUAGUAGGCUUGGGCGUCUGGGGCUGUUGGUAUCGGUUCGGUUGAUUCAAAUUUUCGGAUUUUCGAUGUUCUGUUUAUUAAUCUCAUUCGGAUUUUACUAAUUAUUGGAUUGGGUUUAAUUUGGUUUCUUCGGGUUCGCUUCGGAUCGGAUUGUAACCAAUGUUUGAAUUCGUCCAAAAAUAUAUUUUUUAAACCUCAAAAAUUGAAAAAAAAUUAAAAUAUAGAAAUUAUUCAGAAAUCUAAUUAAAAAAUGGUUAAAUAAAUUAACUAAAAAAGUAUUCAAAAUAACAAAUAAAACAAGUUACAAAAAUAUUUUGAAUACUCUAAAAUAUCUAAAUCAACUUAACAUAUAUGAAAACAUUAACAUAUUUAAUUAAUUUUAAAUAUCUUUGAAUCGUAAUUUUGAUUUCAGUUCGGGUUAUAACAAAACCCCAAAGUAUUAAAUUCAUAAAUUCCGUUCGUUCGGAUAUUUUGUACGAUUAGGAUUAGGUUUUGGUUUUUCCAGUUAGGGUUAGAGUAAAAAAAGCCUAGGCCUGUAGUAUAGUUUAGGGGAAAGUGCAUCGUCAGAUAAAUAAAUUCCUUCCUUCCUUCAGCCGCUGGAUUUCUUCACCGACCAACCAUAACCAUCAACGGCGAAUUGGAGUUACGAGUAUGAUUAUUUGUAAGUGUGACUAGGUUAAUGGAUCGAGAUGUUGGUACGACACCUAAUUAUUCUGGAGAAGAAAGCUCUGGGACGGCAAAGAGGGAGGACUUUGAGAGCUUUGGAAAAGAAAUCUAUGUGGAUUUUAAGAGAAGUGGCGAGGGUGUUCUUGCUGUAGCUUCUACCACCUAUUCCUUGAACGAAUUGGUCGAGUUCUUGGAAUCCCCGACAGUGAAGAUUCCUAUUGGAGCUCUAGACUUAGGAACGAUCACCCCUGUGGAGAUCUGGAAGGCCUUUGAACUGAGUGACCGGAAACGCCACUUCUCCACUGUCUUGGCCUUUAAUGUGGACGUUACUCCUGAGGCAAGUCAACUUGCGGAACAGUUGCACGUCAAAGUCAUCUGUGGUGGUAUGCUUGAAAGCCUGCACGACCAGUUCAAAGAGCAUAUCGAAGAGCUGGGAGAGGAUCCUAAAAUGGAGGAUGAAGCAAUCUUCCCAGGCAUCCUCAGCAUCUUACCCAACGCUGUGUUCAGCAAGGAAGACCCUAUUGUCCUCGGUGUCUUAGUUGUUGAGGGUUUCAUUAAGGUAGGAGUUCCCAUAUCCUAUGUCCGAACUGCUGGUUGUCUGGAUUUAGGACGUAUUGCAUGGAUUGAGAAACACCGCCAACCCGUCGAUGUUGCUAGUCUAGGCGAUACCGUCAUUAUCAAGAUUGUUGCAUCAAACCCGGAAGAAAAGAGACAAGCACUUAGCUUUGGAAGCCAUUAUGACACUAGUGAUGAUAUCCUUGUCGCUCGUAUUUCUAGGGGAUCUAUCUUUGCCCUCCGAGAUCAUCACAAGGAUAAACUAUCCUUCAGCGACGUGAAAGUGCUUUCUGAUCUCAAACGCGUUCUCAAUAUCAAGUAAUAUAUGUAUGUCUGAUGUUGGUCUUUCGUUUGUCAACAACAUCCAACUUUCCAUUUAAAAUCUGAACGACCUGGCCGCUCUUAGUUAUCAGAUCUUUUUAUAUAGGUAUAUGUAUUUUAUGAAAUCCUCCUAUUUUACUUGUCGCAUCUUUUAUAUGCUGAAAGUAAAUGGUUGAAUAUAAUAACAGUAGACCACGCAA